UUCACAUUCUUCCCUUCAUCUACACAUCAAAUUCCACCGUCUUCGUAUUCGCAGGCAACUUCGAAACUUCGAAACCUCGAACCUCGAACCCACUCAAAAGUCACCUGUACAAAACCCUCUAACUUACCUCCCUCCCGACUCCUUCCCUCACCCCGUCAACAGCAAAAAUGGCUCGAUCACGCGGAGCAGCCCCCUCCCGAUCCGCCCCGUCCAGACCUACGGCGUCUGCACCUCCCCGAGCUGCACCACCACAACAGCAGCAACAACGUCCUUACUCGUCUACUCCCGCUGCUCCCGCCCAGGCGCAGGUAGCCCAUCCUCCUGCCGCCCAGGCUUCCCAGGGACCUGGUCUUUUCGGUCAGAUGGCCAGUACUGCUGCUGGUGUCGCCGUCGGCUCAUCCAUCGGUCACGCAAUCGGCGGAUUCUUCAGCGGUGGCUCAUCCUCAGCCCCCGUCGAGCAAGCGCAACAGGCACCAGUUGAUAACUACUCAGGCGCCGGAAAUUCUCUAUACAGCCAAUCUGCCGCCACCGAGGCUUCGGGCCCCUGCGCCGCAGACAUCAAGUCCUUCACCGAUUGCAUGAACCAGAAUCAAGGUAACAUGACAAUCUGCGGUUGGUACAUGGAGCAGUUGAAGGCUUGUCAGCAGGCUGCGAGGAAUUAUUAGGUUGGGUUGGGUGAUUUUGACCUUGCGGGAUUGAGAUGAGAUGAGAUGAGGGAAAGAAAAGAGGAGAGAAGAGAUGGGUUGAUGGAAAUGACAUGACAUUACAUCACUGGAACCUGUGGUAACAUCAAUGAUCAAUGAUCGAGUGUUGCUGUCGGGGAAUGUGAUGUGGUGUGUCGAUGUUGAACAUUUCGAAACCUCACUCUUGCAUCCAUCCCAAGACGAACAAAAGAAAAGAAUACUUGUACAGAAAUGGACACAUCCCAGCAUACCAUACCACACCAUACCACACCAUUCCUGAACAAUGCCACAAUGGUAGAAAGGAACAUGAAUGAAUGAAUGGGUACCUACCUACCUGGGUGUGCAUGUCAGUCUCUGCAUAGCGCUGGUUAGGAAGCCAAACACAAAAGACAAGACAGACCGUCUGAAAGAGCUAUAGUUUAGGUUAGCUUGUACAAAAUGUCAAUAAAAUACCUUUCUCCGCUCAA